AUGGAAGAUCCCUUUUUACAAUUCUCGCCCUUUGCGCAGAGCGAGAACCUGAUACUGCGCCAUUCGGUCGAGGUGGUGGUAUCAUUUCUCAUGUACCAUUUCGUAUUUGGCAUGUGGCUUGCUCCCACUAUCAACCGGAUAGCAUUUGGCAAACACUACACGGAGCUUGAAGAUAAGAAUACCAAGCUCAACUUUGAUAUUCACACGGUCUCUAUGCUCCAGUGUGUGGUGAGCUUGUCUUUAACGUGGCCCAUUUUGUUCCAGCCUUUGUCGCUCAGCUUGGCUACGUACCAGAACCCGUACAACUCGAUGGUGGCUGCAGUGACAUGCGGCUAUUUCAUCUGGGACUUGUACGUUUGCCUCAAACACUUUUCGCUUUUCGGGAUCGGGUUCCUGGGACAUGCCUUGGCGUCCCUUUAUGUGUUUGUAAUUGCGCUACGGCCAUUUUGCCAAUCUUGGGUCGGGAAAUUCCUCAUCUUCGAAGCCUCCACCCCUUUUGUCAACGUCAAUUGGUACAUCAGCCAACUCACGCGCACUUCGUCCAAACCGGUUGUCCCAAUGUGGUUCAACGCCCUGAACGGUGUAUUGUUGAUCUUGACUUUUUUCACGGUACGUAUUGUAUGGGGAUUUUCGGCAAUUGUGAUCUUGAUCCGUAAGCUAUGGGUUGAGUCGGAUGUCCUCCCAUUGUGGUUGCCCAGCACCGUGGUGCCAUUGAACCUGGCAUUGAAUACCUUAAAUGUGAUUUGGCUCAACAAAAUGAUCCGCAUAGCCAAAAAAAUGGCCAAGGGCUCAAAAAGUGGGAAAAGCUACUGA